UUUUGAAGACGUCUCGCAAGUGUGUCCAGCUGGAGCUCAGCUGAUGGCCUCUGUAACUUUUACGAUUCCAUUGCCAUCAGAGGAAAUAUUCAACUAUUGCCAAACACAAGAGGAAGCCUCGCGUCUCAGUCAUGAGAUCCAUGAGGGCUCUCUUUACCGCGCUCAGCAUAUUUGCGGGCGCGGCAGUGGCCACCACAGAAAGUACUGGCAAAGCAUCAAUUCACGAUCUUGCUUUACAGAAAUGGACUGUGACGAAUGAAUACGGCAACAUCACCGUGCCGGGCAAGUUCCCUUCGCAGGCUCAUCUAGAUCUUCAUGCAGCUGGUGUGAUUGGUGAGUCGAACGAUGGCUUAAAUGACUUUGACCUGCGAUGGAUUGCGGCUCAGAACUGGACAUAUACCAGCAAGCCAAUUAGCGGACUGAGUAAACAUUCGGACAUAGCUACGUGGCUAGUGUUUGAUGGCUUAGAUACAUAUGCAACGGUCAAGUUCUGUGACCACAUUGUUGGAACACCAGAUAACCAGUUCCGACAAUGGUUUUAUGAUGUCUCGUCUGCUCUUGCUAGCUGCAAGAGUGACCCUGUUCUCAGCAUCAACUUUGGCAGCGUGCCUCGCAUCAUCAAUGCCAUCAACGCAAGCGAUGAAGUCCAGCACUGGCCUGCUUCGGUGGUUUAUCCAUUCGAGUAUCCAAACCGGCAAUGGGUCCGCAAGGAACAGAAUGACUUUGGUUGGGAUUGGGGCCCAGCCUUUUCUCCCGUAGGACCUUGGCAGCCGGGCCGCAUUGUCCAGCUUAGCAAAGGCGGCGAAUUGUACUCUCUCAACACCGACAUUGACAUCUUCCGCAAAGGCCAGUUCAACAACUUUGCUCCUGACCAGACUGCUCCGUGGGUGGUGAACGCGAGUCUCGAUUUCUUGGGAACCCUUCCAAAGCAUGCCUCCAUGUCGGUCAUCAUUACUGAUGCCAGUGACAGCCGCUCAGUAUUGUACUCGGGCAAACUGGAGGGAGUGACACAGUCCGACAUGACCGUCACUGGUUCUGUGACAAUAGAUGCCCACAAACCCAAGCUGUGGUGGCCUCGAGACAUGGGCAAUCAGCAGCUAUACAACAUAACAGUCUCUGUCAGCAGCGCAGGGUCUAAGACACCUAUUCUUGUCUCUCAGCGGCGUGUUGGUUUCCGAGCCAUCUUGUUUAGCUCAGGAAAUAUUACAGAUGCCCAAAUCGCCAGCGGCAUCACCCCUGGAAACAACUGGCAUUUUGAGAUCAAUGGCCAUGAGUUUUACGCCAAGGGUGCCAAUCUGAUCCCUCCCGAUGCUUUCUGGCCACGAGUCACUUCGGAUAGAAUGAAUCGCCUAUUCGACUCAGUUGAAUCGCAGAACUUCAACAUGCUACGCGUGUGGUCCUCGGGUACAUACUUGCCCGACUGGAUCUACGACAUUGCUGAUGAGCGCGGUGUAUUGCUUUGGAGCGAGUUCCAGUUCAGUGAUACCUUGUAUCCAGACAGCGAUGAUUUCAAGGCCAAUGUUGUUGGUGAGAUUACUUACAACGUCCGUCGGUUGAACCACCAUGCUUCUUUGGCAUGCUGGAUGGGUGGCAAUGAGUUUGAGAACUUGAUGCUGCCCAUAGCUCAGGGCGCCGAUCCUGCAACUUACCCAUACGUCCUAGGCCAGUAUGAGAACCUCUUCAUUACUACGCUUUUCAAUGUUUUGGCUGCAAACAGCCACUCUAUCUCGUACAGUCCUUGCAGUGCAAACAAUGGCUGGCUGGAGAUUGAUCUUGAUCUUCCCGUGCCUAUUGUUGAGCGGUAUUACAACACUACCAGCGGUCACAUCUACGGCGACACCGACUUUUACAAUUACGACACAUCAGUUUCUUUUGAUACUUCUGCAUACCCAGUUGGCCGCUUCGCCAACGAGUUUGGUUUUAUCAGCAUGCCCAGCAUUCAGACGUGGCAACAGGCCGUUGAUCCUGAAGAACUCUCCUUCAACUCGACAACGGUCAUUCUAAGAAACCAUCACUACCCAGCUGGUGGACUGACUAGAAAUAUUCACAACAGCACUUUAGGCCAAGUCGAAAUGACGCUGGCUGUUGAGCGGUACUAUCCGACCCCGGACAAGACCGAUCCAGUGGCCAAUUUUAGCUCCUGGUGCCACGCUACUCAGCUGUUCCAAGCAGACAUGUACAAAUCUGAGAUUCAAUUCUACAGACGUGGCAGUGGCUUGCCAGAGAGACAACUUGGCUCUCUGUAUUGGCAGCUCAACGAUAUUUGGCAAGCCCCGACCUGGGCUGGUCUAGAGUACGACGGACGCUGGAAGGUGUUACCAUAUGUUUCUCGCAGGACUUACGAGCAUGUCAUUGCAUCUGCUUUCUGGAACUAUACGGCCAAUGAGUUGGAAAUUUGGGUGACGUCUGAUCUCUGGGAGCCUGUGGCUGGCGAAGUAUCUUUGACUUGGGUUGAUCUGAAGGGCAAGCCUAUUGCCAACAACGCGGGAAUGACGAAAUCGACCAAGUUUAACGUGGGCGCCAUCAACACCACACAGAUCAUCACAGCCAACAUACAGUCGGAUCUUAAGAUCCCGGAUACUAGUGACGCUGUUUUGGUCAUUGAACUUACAGCCCACGGCAAGCUCCCCAACGCAGCUAGCAGCAAGACGACAACCUUUACUCACCACAACCACUUCCUUCCCGUGUGGCCAAAUCAAGCCAAGGUGUCAGAUCCCAAGCUACACUUGUCAUACAACAAGUCUACAAAGAAGUUCACUGUGGAAGCUACAGCUGGUGUAUCUCUCUAUACUUGGCUGACGCACCCAGCUGGUGUUUUGGGCUUCUUCGACGACAAUGCAUUUGUUUUGAGGCCUGGCGAGAAGAAGGAGGUUGGAUUUACUCUUCAGCAAGACACUACGGGUGGGAAGUGGACUGAACAGGUGACGGUGGAGAGCUUGUGGGAUUUGACCACGCCAUGAUUAGUUGAGAUAAUGGUAUAGGUUUAACAGAUUAUAUGACUAUCAUCCUUGUGCGC